GAGCCUUCUGAGCCGGAGCCAAUGCUGAGCUAGAUAUCAACGUCGCGCGGGUUACGUGACGGUAGCGUAACUUUGUUACCUGUCGAUACCUGAGGCACUGAGCACGAGUACAUGACGUAUCAUAGGUAAAUCUAGCGUAACGGCAAGUCUGCCCUAACGAAGUACCUAGGUACCUUAAGGAGCACCAAUGGCCCGCCGAGGCGAUUCCGUGACGUCACCAGUCGCUAUCAUGGAGAGCAUGUCCACCUCAGUAAACAGCUACGUCUGGUGUCUUCGAGCCCUCCAACAUCUGACUUGAGGGCCAAGUACCACUGUUUUUACUGAAGCCAACCCAAGGUCUCAAUUGUUGGGAAUCCUAAGAAGCAGCCCACAAGAAGAAGAGAGAAUACCUGCAGGAAACAGGAAAGAGAGAGAGAAAGGGGGAGGGAAAAUGCCGACUAUAACGACUGCUACGACUCUGCGCACCGCUUCCCGCGCCGGCGCCAGAGCUCUCCUACGGCAACCGACGGCAGGCCGUCGACUACUGGCCACGACCGCCGCGCUGCCGACGCGCCCGUCCGCGGCAGCGCGAGCGCCGUACAAGGACGACAUGGACCGGGAGUCGCUGAAGCCGAGGUCGCGGGAGAACACGCAGAGCGGCACGGACGACGAGGUGGCGGCGAAGCGGGACGCGGCCUACGGCCCGCACAAGACGGACCCGGACACGGAGCGGCGCGCCGCGGCGGCCGAGAGCGACGGGAACCCGCUCGACGAGAGCCCCGCCAACAAGGAAUUCGCCGAGGCGGGGCGCGGCCACGCCGAGGACAAGCCUGUCGGCCCGCAGAAGCAGAGGAAGGCCAGCGGUUUCGGCGACGCGCCUGAGAAGGGGAGGCCCAUGUGACGUCUGUGCGUCGGCCGGUCUGGAGGCGAGGCGGGACGGGCGGAUAUCUAGCGCUGGUGAAAGGGAGGAAAACCUGAUGCUGUACAUUCCCUAGUUAUACAUUGUAUCGCAGCAGAUUCUUGCGCCGUGCUAUGAAUCACCAUCGCAUCUUCGU